ACUCGUCUGUUAUAUGCAGAGUCGGUCUUUGGCGUCGGGGAUUGAAGUGAAAAAAUGGGCAAGUUAUUGGAGUUGUGUCUGAUGGUUUUGCUCUUGGCGUCGAGUGGCUCGAGUGAAGAAGUCACGGCACCUGGUGGAGGCUCAAAUGUAGCAGCUGGAGGGCUGGUCUCACAUCCCCCAGACAUGACUACAUUACCCCCAUCAGCAGCCAUGGUUUCAUCUCCAUCAGCAAGUGGAUCCCAUUCUGGAAACAUCAUUCCUUCAGGGGGUUUACCUGGGAUUUCUGCUGCUCAGGGACCCAGUUCAUCCUCAGCAUCCUUGGGAUCCUCUGCAGGGGGUCUCAUGUCUGCUGGAGGAUCCCCCGUUGGCCUGAGUGGCAAGAUCAGUCCCAAGUUGCCGCCAAGGAACCUGUCUGGCUCAUCAUCAGCAGGUGCUUUUCUGAGUGACAGAAGACCCUCAUCUUCUGGGAUCAUGGGUUCUUCAGCAUCAGGUUCUGGGGAUGUUAGCACCAAUUCCAGCAUUGCAUCAGCAAUCAGCAGUGGGUCAGCAGCUGUUUUGGGAUCAGCUGGACCAGCAGCAUCCUCAGCACCAUCAUCAGGCCUGAAUGCACCUUCUGAUAUUGGACUGCACUUGGCUGGCACAGCUGGAGACCACAGCAUUGCCAACAAGACUGAUGCUGCUCAAACAACUCUGGUUCCUGCACCAGGUGCUGGACUAACAACUGGGAAUGCUGCUGCUAAUGCCAAUAUUAAUGCUGCAGCUGGACAAAGCAGCAAUAACAAUAAUCCAGCUUCUUCAGCAGCUCCUGCUUCUGCUGGUUUGCUUCAACGGUGCCCAUCAGUGGCACAAAAUUUUGAAAAAAUAUCAGGACUCUGCCACAAAAGUGUUAAUUUGGGAGCAAAGCAGUUAUUGUUCAAAGAUGGAUACAGACGCAGAUACACGAGCUUCACACCAUCUGCACCCGAAUACGACACUGGCCACGAUAACUGGGGUCCAUUGCCCAACAAACUUCAAGAAGCCCUUAUUUUCGUGCUGGACCAAAGCAUUCAUCCCGGGGCCAGGUCCAGUCUGACGGACCUUUUGGUUCAGAGACUCAAAUUCGACAUUGACUCCUUCAUAGACAAUCACGUCCGCACACUUUUGUUGCAAAACGAGAAAAUCGCAGCCAUGAAUCGUCUCAAAACCAAGGUCAUCGGCGAGGAAUUCGACCCGGGUAACUACGAAUUCGCCGAUGACCCGAUAAAUCCCAGCAGAAUCCAGGAAUCGAAGCCCAGCAAAAAGCAUCACGUCGGGUCGAGCACAGAAAAGCGUCCAACGAUUUUACUAUUGUCAACGAAAUAUAAUCACCAAGACAUCAGCACGGAAUCUCCGGAAUCACAAGCAGCAGCAGAAAAAGUAGUGAAAAGACUUGAAAAGUUGAAUGAUGGCACAAAUACGGAGUCGAGCUCGAAUGCGAAAAUUCUGCUGAGGGUGCAAUGCGGGAAAUCCGGGAUCUUGAAACGCCAAAAUCAAGAAGUCCGUCCCAACAAGGAAAUACCGAAGAAAAGAACUGCGGACAAUAAUCCGAAGAGUUCCAACUCCAAAAGCGCAUCGAAUAAGGAAUGCAAAUUGACCUCGUUCAGCCGGAACGAGAAAUUCCAGAACAACGGAAUCCAACCUCAGUCCAGUAGCAAAACCCACCUGCAGAUCGACAUUGCGCAAAAUUCAAAUCAAACAACGACCAAGAAGACCCUCGCCAAUUUCGUGGAAUCGUCCACGCAGGACGUGAAAUGGGAGGAAUUGACACAAAAUUGAACAUAUCAACGAUAAAGACUUACAACACAUGAAAAAAAGAAACUGCUUAAGGAUUGGCGCCAGUGCAAAUUUCUGCUCAAACAUCCACAGCUCCAGAUUUUUUUUUGUGUUUGAUGGUCGGCUCUUUUGUUGGAUAUGCAAGUGAGACGGAAUUAAUCAACCAAAAUCUACAGCAUCAGCGGCGGAAAAAAGUUUGUUCAACAAAUUUAAUCAGAAUAUACAACUUUCAAAAAUAUUCGCGGAACUUUAACGGCAGUUGAAUUUUUGAAAACAGCGGAAUAUUAUACGUCAAACGAUCGAAUGAUGGAAGAAUAAAGUGAAAAUAAAAAUCCCUUUCAAAAUGGCGUGGACGCUGUUUUGGGCGUCGGUUUUUAUUGGGGUGCU